CAAACAAAAAAACAACAGCAACAGCCGCAAACGCAACGGCAAAAACGCAGUUGAACCGCAAAUUUUUAACAGAAGACAAGCCGCAAAAGUCACGAAUCGGUCUAAAACGAAAGAUAUUGAAGUGAAAAAUCGGAAAAAUCAAACGAAUUUAUCAAUCAAUGUUAAAGUAAAUACGGGGGAAGAACUAGAACGAAAACGAAAAAAAAAGUUCUAAUAAGAAAGUAUAAGUGUUCGCCAUCUCGCUCUAGCUUGAUGUUUUUUUUAUCUCUUUUUUUGCCGUAGAGCUAAUGUGUUAGAAUUCAAGAAAAAAUAAUUUAUUUUGUACUUGGUUUUUUGUUGUUGUUUUUCUUUUUUUUUUUUUGUUGCGGAAAUUGAGUCUCACCGCAAAAACGUCCCUCAAUGUAUGUGUGUGUGAAUAUGUAUCUGUGUGUCUCAGUGUAUGUAAAGAAAUGGUAGAACCGAACAGAGCAGCAGCAGCAGCAGAAUAAGAAGAAGCGGCAGCAGCAACAGAGGUGGAAGAAGAAGAGCAAUAAGAGCAUUCGUAUGCAAGAAUUGUCGUCAUUUGAUUUUAUUCUAUUUGAACGUCCGGUUUAAAUUCAAUCAAGCGGUAAAACGUUCAUAAACUCUCUUCUCCUGUGUGUUUUUGUUUAUUUGUUUGUAACUGUGUGUGUGUGUGUGUCCCGUGCGUGUCCCUUGCGUUUUGUGUGCCGUUAUUUAGUAUCAUUUCGUGAGCACCGUGAGGUGUGUGUGUGUGUCGUGUGUUACGUGAUUAUUGCGCGAGUGCACAGGGCCGCGUGAGUGCAUUCAACUGUCUCUGUCUCUCUCUUUCUCUCUCGCGGUCACACUUACACUCACAUGCUGACCCUAACCCGACCGAGUCCAGCUUCAAUCGAGUCUCUGCAACAACAAAAUGCUUCAACUUUGAAUCUCAAGUUUGCAACACCGUUAACCGCAAUGCUGGCAUCCUCCUCUCCCACACCGUCAACCUCAUCGCCCACCCAAUCUCUAGUGGUGGAAGCCUGCGAUGAGCGAACCCGUCUCUUGAGUAGCGAAGACAUUACAUCGACAGCUGGUAAUGUUGCCGCAGCAAACGCUGUAUCCUCCGACGCCGCCGCUGCCGCAAAUGCCUCAUCACCAUCACCGCCCACAACGUUGCCACUUGUCCAUACCACAACGGCCACAGCAACAACAAUAACGCUGCAUCCGUCCCUUAAUAAUAACAAUAACAAUGCAACGGUCCAGUUGUUGGCCAAUCCAAGGACCAAUAGCAACAACAACAACGAUAUGGCAAAUUCAUCGACAACGGCACAGGAUAAUAACAUUGAUGCUGGCGAUGAUCUGUCCAGCGAUCUAAGUGAUAAAUUUCCACGCCCGCCCACAAAUCAAAAGAAGCCCAAACUCAGUAAAUUGGGCAACAAAAGUGUCGGUCUUAAACGUGUAUCCUUUGGCUCAUCCAAAGGUUCCAUGGUGGAGACUCUAGUAUUUGAGACGCCAACGCCACUAUCGGAGCAUGUGGAAUCGACAUUUGGAUUUGAUGCGGCGGCAGCGGAUGCCACCGCUGGUCAGCAGGCACAGCACCAGCAACAGCAGCAGCACUCAUCAUCAUCAUCUACGGCCUCACAUUUACCGCUAGUCAACAAUAGCAGCAGCAGCAGCUAUGGUGACUAUGCAAAAGUGAAUAUGGAUGACAGCGGCAUUGAGGUUCAAGAAGAAUCGGAACGUUCAAUUGUGCGCGUUUCCAUAUACCAAAGCAGUCAACCCCAACAAAUUUGUCCACCAACAGAAUAUUUGUUAACAAAUUUUGCAGAUAAUCUAGAUAAUUCGUUUAGUAGUAGCUACAAUUGUAACAUAGAUUUUACAACAAUGUCAACGGCAGCAAUGCAGCCGGCAGUGGGUCUUGGUGCUGCUUACGACCGACAGCAGAGUACUGAUUCUGGCUGGGAUAAUCCAUUUCGCCCUGGCGGUGAUCUGUCCAGAGAGGCCGAUGAAAUAGUCAACAUGAUACGUGGUGGUAAACCCAUCACACCCACAGAGGAUCGUACAAUAGGCAAUGGUAGCGCACAACAUGUUGAUGAUAAUUGCAAUGGAGGGCCAGCAGUCGGCGAGAGUGUAACCAAGACAAAUAUCUCGCAGAAUCAGGCAACAGCACAAAACGGUACAAAUUCCCACGGUAAUAGCAGUAAAGUGUCGGGAUCCACAGCAGAAGGUGGAGCUGGAGUGACAUCGUCAUCAGCCAAGGGUGCUGAGAGCAAUAAUGGAGUCACCUCGCUGGCUCAAGUCUCAAAGCAAGUGGUACCUGGACCAACUUCGGCUAGUCAUGUGGUUAUCGAUGAGAAGAAGAACAAGAAAAAGGGAUGCUGUGUGCUGCAAUAAUCGACAGAAGAGCUUGAGAAAUGGCGAAACAACAACAACUGGACUAAUCGAUGGGGUGGGCGGGGGUAGA